CAUUACUGCUCAUGCUCGUCGUCUCUAAAACAACAACAUCGCCAUUUCAGCUCUGGGUAGGGGGAAGGCGGGGACGCUGGAAAUCUCCCGCGGCACAGCAGAAUUAGGUCAACCCGCAACAAACAAGAGCUACGCACACAGACUCCCAAGAAAACAAGAUAUUGCUGAGGAAAUUUGCGCUCAUCUGCUUCCAGUGCGUCUGCUCUCAUCCGGUCUGAUGUUUUCAGGUUCGGGUCCGGUCUGACAUUCGGACGAAUAAGCAGGAUUGUGUUUGUUUUUCACUGUUUGCGAGCGAACUGAGAUCGUUACACGCAACACAGCUCUCUUUUACCCUCAAGAAUGAAAAGGAGGUUGAGCAGAGAUGGGGAGGACAGCACCUCCUCCUGUGAGGGACUGAUGGAGCCUUGCAAGAGAGUCAAACAGCCGGAUGAAGAGUCUGGAGAGCUGGUGUUCAACUGGGCUCGACUCCCCCAAGAGAUCCUGCUUCACAUCUUUCAGUACCUGCCUCUCCUGGACCGCGCCUUCGCCUCGCAGGUUUGCCAUGGCUGGAACCAGGCCUUCCAUAUGCCGGAGCUAUGGAGAUGCUUUGAGUUUGAACUCAAUCAACCAGCCAGCUCUUACCUGAAGGCCACACAUCCUGAUCUAAUAAAGCAAAUCAUUAAGCGUCACUCCAAUCACUUACAGUAUGUCAGCUUCAAGGUGGACAGCAGUACAGAAUCAGCAGAGGCUGCGUGCGAUAUCUUAUCUCAGCUGGUGAACUGCUCACUGAAGACCCUUGGACUCAUCUCCACAGCACGACCAAGCUUCAUGGAGUUACCAAAGUCCCACUUCAUCUCUGCAUUAACGGUGGUGUUUGUCAACUCCAAGUCUCUUUCAUCGCUGAAGAUUGAUGACACACCAGUGGAUGAUCCUUCACUUAAGGUUCUGGUGGCAAAUAAUAGUGACACACUGAAGCUGUUAAAGAUGAGCAGCUGUCCACAUGUUUCUCCUGCAGGUAUUCUGUGUGUAGCUGAUCAGUGUCAUGGUCUGAGAGAACUGGCUCUCAACUACCACUUACUGAGUGAUGAACUCCUCCUGGCACUUUCCUCAGAGAAACACGUGCACCUCGAGCACCUCCGCAUCGAUGUGGUGAGCGAGAACCCUGGUCAGCUGUUCCACACCAUCAAGAAGAGCAGCUGGGAUGCCAUGGUGCGCCAUUCACCCAAGUUCAACCUGGUCAUGUACUUCUUCCUGUACGAAGAUGAAUUUGGACCCUUCUUCCGUGACGAGAUUCCCGUUACGCACCUCUACUUCGGCCGAUCUGUCAGUAAGGAGGUGCUCGGCCGCGUCGGCAUGAACUGCCCACGACUGGUGGAGCUGGUGGUGUGCGCCAAUGGUCUCCGUCCAUUGGAUGAGGAGCUGAUUCGUAUUGCCCAGCGCUGCCAGCAGCUGUCGGCCAUUGGACUAGGUGAAUGCGAGGUCUCCUGCAGCGCUUUCGUGGAGUUCGUGAGGAUGUGCGGCCGUCGCCUCUCUCAGCUGUCUAUCAUGGAGGAGGUGCUUAUCCCAGACCACAAAUACAGCCUGGACGAGAUCCACUGGGAGGUAUCCAAGCAUUUGGGGCGCGUUUGGUUCCCAGAUAUGAUGCCUACUUGGUGAAAUAGUCAGCUUUGUUUAUAUGGACUAAAUGGCUUUUUGUGUGUGGUCUUUACAUGUUUCACAGUUAUUGUUGACUUUGUAUAUAGAAUUGUUAUAAUGACUGUGGAGUGUUGUAUCAUUGGCAUGUUUUGCAAAUCAUCAUUUGGGUCAAUCUCAAACACACACACAAAAAAAUAUUAUCCCAACAUUAAAAGAAGAAACUAAAUUAUAUUAUGGAUAAAGAAAAAGAAACCUAUUUUAGGACCAUUUAGAUUUUUGGCAUUGUGAUAUUUUCAUGAAAAUUAUGCACAUUUCCCCAAGAAAAUUCUCAUUACCAUAUGCAAAUUUUUUUCCAAGAUCCAAGAUGGAUCUUUGUACUCUUGUAAUUAGAUUUGAUCAUCAGUGUAAUUUAUUGAUAUGCUUUUUUGUUAAUUAACUUAUAUUGAUUGUUUAACCUUGGGUCAUAUGUUUCUUGUUGAUUUAUUUGCCUAUAGAACAUUUUAUCAAAAGUCAAAGGCAAGUAACAUAACAUUUUUAUAUAUAUAUAUAUAUAUAUAUAUAUAUAUAUAUAUAUAAAGAUGACUGUGUAUUAACUUUAGGAAAAAAAAAGUUCAGUUUUGAAGGAAAGUGAAAAACUGUUUAAAUUAGUCGAGGUUAUAGUAAUAAGUUUAAAGGGCUACUUUACUCAAAAAUGUAAAUCCUCAUUUUCUCACCCUCAUGUCAUCCCAGAUGUGUAUGUCUGUCUUCUGCAAAACAAUAAAAAGAAAUUCCUUUUUAUUAUAAAUUCUCCUCCCUGCCUAGUAGGUGGUGAUAUGCACAAAGGAUGCAAAUGCCAAAAACAAAAGAAGAAUUUGAAAGUUUAGAUUUAUAGUAAAAAAGGGAUAAAAUAUUGAUCUGUUUCUCACCCACAUCAAAUCGCUUAUGAAGAUACUGAUAUAACCACUGAUGUCAUAUGGGUUACUUUAUGCCUUUAUAUGCUUCUGAACCUUCAAUGAUUUAGAGCAAUAGAGCAGAGUUAUUUUUCUAAAAAUCUUUGUGUUCUGCAGAAAAAAGAAAGUCAUACACAUCUGGGAUGGCAUGAGGGUGAGUAAAUGAUGAGAGAAUUUUCAUUUUUGGGUGAACUAUCCCUUUAAGCAGAUAUUCAUCACUCAUGAUUCAGAUUUUAAUGGACUCUUUGUCCUGGAUGCUCAUCAGAUGCUCAUCUAUUUUGCUAUCUGUACAUAAUUCACUAUUACAUUAAAUUGUGUCUGUUUAGAUCAGGGUGUUUUCAACGUUGUGCUGUCAAAACCGCAGAGGUGGAUCACAUAUUUGUAAAAAUAUUUAAAUAAAAAAAAAAGUAAUAAUUUUUACGUCAGUGCAAAACAGCAUUGCAUUUAGCUUUAGGAUGGUAAUUCAUGUUCAGAUCUCAUAUGAAUCACAUUCUGGUUUUAUUGGGCACUGAUUUAUGUAGUUUGUCCAUGUUGUUAGGGUGGAUCUCAGUUGCAAUCCCUAAACAAUGCCCUCUAAACACAUAAGCCAUAACCCUUUAGUGAAUGAGAGAGAGAGGCUUUCCCUCACUUACUUAGUGGCCUUGCUUGUGUGAUGCAUCUUAAGAUCACAAAAACCGCAAGUUAAAGGUAGUGUUCAAAGACCUUUCAGUUUAGCUAGUCUUUGUCGUCUAUCAAUUAACGCUGUUUAUGUAGAUAGUGAACUGUAUUUUAUAAUGUGAAACAUUUUGUAUAACUAAAUAUGUUUGAUAUUACCGCAGUGCUUUUGUACGAAAAAUUAAUUUUGUAUAGUGAAUAUGCACCUUACUAAGUAGAAAGGAAAUAAUCACUGAUAUGUUGGUGUAACAGGGAAGGGGAAUGCCAAAUAACUUGUCUUGUUGAGUAGGUCAGAGUGGAAUGAAAUUAAAGGAUUAGUGUUUGGCUGACAGCACACUUUUGUCAUCGAAUUGAAAAAAAAAUUGUAAAUCAAUUUUAGGAAUACAAUGAACCAUUGAUUGGUUUCUAUUAGAUUGUGUGAAGAAUGUUGUGAGAACUGGCUUUGCAGACAUGAUCUGAAUAGGAUACAGUGAAAUAAUACAUCUGUUGAUAAUGCUUGUAUAGUUGCAAGCUAACACAAUAUAUGUAAAACCAGCCGCAUACACGAUAAGCCACAACAUUAAAACCACCUGCCUAAUAUUGCGUAGGUCCCCCUCAUGCCACAGAAACAGCGCCAACCCACAUCUCAGAAUAGCAUUCUGAGGUACUAUUGUUCUCACCACAAUUGUACAGAGCGGUUAUCUGAGAUACCGUAGACUUUGUCAGUUCGAACCAGUCUGGCCAUUCUCUGUUGACCUCUCUCAUCAACAAGGUGUUUCCAUCCACAGAACUGCCCCUCACUAGAUGUUUUUUGUUUUUGGCACUAUUCGGAGUAAAUUCUAGAGACUGUUGUGCAUGAAAAUCCCAGAAGAUCAGCAGUUACAAAAAUACUCAAACCAGCCCAUCUGGCACCAACAAUCAUCCAUGUGAUUAUCUAAUCAGCAAAUCAUGUGGCAGCAGUGCGGUACAUAAAAUCAUGCAGAUACAGGUCAGGCGCUUCAGUUAAUGUUCACAUCAACCAUCAGAAUGGGGAAUUUCAAAAUGUGAUCUCAGUGAUUCAGACCGUGGCAUGAUCGUUGGUGCCAGAUGGGCUGGUUUGAGUAUUUCUGUAACUGCUGACCUCCUGGGAUUUUCACACACAACAGUCUCUAGAAUUUAUUCAAAAUGGUGACAAAAACAAAAAACAUCCAGUGAGUGGCAGUUCUGUGGACGGAAAUCCCUUGUUGAUGAUGAGAGGUCAGCAGAGAAUGGCCAGACUGGUUCGAACUGACAAAGUCUACAGUAACUCUGAUAACCGCUCUGUACAAUUAUAGUGAGAAGAAUAUAAUCUCAGAAUGCUAUUCUGAGAUGCGGGUUGGUGCUGUUUUGGUGGCAUGAGGGGGACCUACACAACAUUAGGCAGGUGGUUUUAAUGUUGUGGCUGAUGAUGUAUUCCUAUUUGUUAAUCCAUGUUUUUUUAAACAACAAAAAUAAAUGUGUUUACACCAA